GGGUACAGAAUUGGUCUUCUGAUCUCUCCCCAUUCCUCCUCGCUGCCAACCCACCUCGCGCCACCCCAACCCUAUCCCCCAUUGUUGUUCAAUAUAUGGUUCUUGAAUUGAUUGAAGUAAUAAUCAUGUAAAGAAAGAGUGCAGCUGUUGAUUACUCAUUUUUUUGGGUUUUGGGGUUUGUUUGCUUUUUCUUUUUGAUGAAUUCAGAGGAAAAGAAAGUGAUAAAAAAGGGGGGAAAUGGAGAACCCAAGAAAGAGAAAAAGCUGCAUAGUGAAUUUACAUGUAUACAAAUGUAUGCUUUGCCUCUUGGGAUUCUCUGGCUAUGAAUUUGGGUUCCACCUUUUCUUGAAAAUGAAGGGACUCUAAGAAACAGAUCUUGCUUAUUCUGAUCUAAUAGAUUCUAAUACAAAUUCGAGUACAAUUUUGCUCAGUCAUCACUCAUCAAGAAUGAAGAGACUUGGCAGUAGUGAUUCAUUAGGUGCUAUAAUGUCCAUCUGUCCAAACACAACAGAUGAACAUGAGCAAGUGAACAAUCAUGUUUACUCGAGGGAGUUCCAAAGCAUGUUUGAAGGGUUAGAUGAAGAAGGUGGUGUUGAAGAAUUAGGCCAAAAGAAGAGGAGAUUAAACGUGGAUCAAGUUAAGGCAUUAGAGAAGAAUUUUGAAGUCGAAAAUAAGCUGGAACCUGAUAGAAAAGUGAAGUUAGCGCAAGAACUUGGGCUGCAACCACGGCAGGUGGCGGUUUGGUUCCAAAACCGCCGUGCGCGGUGGAAGACUAAGCAAUUAGAGAUAGAUUAUGGCCUUCUCAAAGCCAAUUAUGAUGCCCUUAAACUCAACUAUGAAACUCUUCAAUGUGACAAUGAAGCUCUACUUAGAGAAAUCCUGGACCUGAAAUCAAAGCUAGACGAGGGUGCUGAAAGCAAGAUUUCUGUCAAGAAAGAGGCAGUAAAGUCACAAACUGAUGAAAAAGGCAAUGCUAAAUCAGAUUCUGGUGCAAACUUUGACAGCUUUAAAGAAAACAGAUCAUCUGAUAGCACUGAUUAUUCAAGUGCAAUCUUGAGUGAAGAAAUCAACAAUAGCCCGACUGCAGCUAUUUCAUCGUCGACCGAGAAAGUGAUUCUUCAUCAGAGCCCACACGACGAAUUCUUGGAUAUUGUUGACAAUAUGAAUUGCAGUUUCCAGUUCUCAGACACAAAAGCAAGUAUUCUUGGAGAUGCCCACAAAGCUUAUAUGCCACAAUGUGUGAAAAUUGAGGAGCAUACCUUUUUCUCCAGUGAGGAAUCAUGCAGUACUUUCUUUUCUGAUGAUCAAGCUCCAACCAUCUAUUGGUACUCUUCUGAUGAGUGGAAUUGAGGGGGAAAAAAAUCUUUACCAAAAACUGCUAGAAAAUGAUGAAAAUUUGAAGCCAAAUCACUCCAAGAAAAUUUUGUACAGUCAAGAAGAUGACUAAGGGGAGAUGGGGUGGGGUGAUUAGGUGGUAAAGUGAAGUAUCAGUUGGCAUUAGUGUAUGCUUUUUAGCGAUAAGCUUCAGUUAGUAUCCACAUUAGGAAAAUUCUUGUAAUAGUGGAACUUGUUUGAAGCAGUAAUAAAGAUGGCAAUAUAUAUGUACAUGCAUUAGGGUUCA